CUCCCGACCCCGAUAGAUUUUUUGGCAAAAACCCCGACCCGAACCCCGACAUGCCAUCCCCGACACACUCCGAUCCCCGACACACCCGCCCCCGAAGAGUCGGGUUGCUACCCUUAAUUGAAGUAAUGAAGAAAUAUAGGUAAUAUAUAGGUAACAUGAAGAAAUAAUUGAAGAAAUAAAUUUAGGGAAUAGAUAGAUCAGAAUAAAUCUUAUAAAUAUAGACUAACGAAACAAGUUUUGAUUUAAGAAAACUUAAACUGAGAUAGAAAAGUAUUAAUUAGAUAAAGUCGGACAUACUUAGCCUUGAGUUUCUGGUUUCAAGAACAGUGUAAUAUCUAGGCCCAAUAAGUUCCAACAGUAUUUCAACUAUAGUUUGUUUACAAUAAAUUGGGGUUCAAAUACUUAUUAAAUAGAUUCUCUAUAUUCCUUGUAUGUAUUCGAUUUGGAAGCGUAUGGCAAACAGUAACUGUUAUAAAAUAAUGUUCGUUAUUGGAGUUGUCGAUAUGCUAGCAAUAUUAUGUUGUGGAUUCUUAACUGGAUAUUUGGGAUAUUUUGGAUAUGUUUUUUGUUCUUCCCCAAAAUUUAUUUAUUUUGCUGGGGCCUACGGAUUUUGCAAAAAAUUGUUUAUUUGGCUGGGCAUUCCCUUUCUAUACGGCCUAGCAGUAUUUGUAUGGUCAAAGCCAAUUACAUUCAGUGGCAUUUACUUUAGCUGGUUCUUCAAUCCUCACAUUGGAUAUAUUGAUGACGUUAAUCAAGAAUAUGAGAACACCUUUCAUUCAAUUCACAAUUUAUCAGUCGUAUUUUUUCUGUUAAUUACUUACUUAACAUUUUGUAUAAUUUUUGUGAUAAAAUCCAAACAAGGAGGUUUUCAAUCACAUCAACAAAGCUAUUCUGAAAAAAUGAUUUUUUUCCAAAUCAUUUUGAUAAGCUUGUUUAAUAGUGUCGCUGCUUCGAUUUAUGUUUUUAUGCAAUACAUCCAUGUCAAUGACUUAAUUAUUAUAAUUGGUCAGAUUUGUUGGUUAAAUGCACACGGAAUACCUCCUGUCAUUUAUUUAACAAUGAACAAGUCGAUUCAACGCGAUUGUUUUGGAAUACUAAAAAAGUUUGGCAGUACUACAUUAAAAUUUUACAAAAAUCUACACUCAAAUUCAAUACAACCUUUUAUUUUUAAUUUAAAUUUUGUAAGGGAAGAUAAUCAAGUAAAUGUACAAAAUCAACAAAUCAAUCAGAAUUGA